AUGCCCGAGGCCAUGCUGCCCGCCUGCUUCCUCGGCCUGCUGGCCUUCUCCUCUGCCUGCUACUUCCAGAACUGCCCGCGGGGCGGGAAGAGGGCCCUGUUUGACCUGGAGCUAAGACAGUGCCUGCCCUGCGGCCCCGGGGGCAAAGGGCGCUGCUUCGGGCCCAGCAUCUGCUGCGGGGACGAGCUGGGCUGCUUCCUGGGCACGGCCGAGGCGCUGCGCUGCCAGGAGGAGGCCUAUCUGCCGUCGCCCUGCCAGUCUGGCCAGAAGCCGUGCGGAAACGGGGGCCGCUGCGCCGCCAACGGUAUCUGCUGCAAUGAAGAGAGCUGCGCGUACGAGCCCGAGUGCCGGGAGGGCGCGGGCCUCCAGCGCCGCGCGCGCGCCAGCGACCAGAGCAACGCGACCCAGCUGGGCGGGCCGAGCGGGGCCUUGCUGCUGCGGCUGGUGCAGCUGGCGGGGGCACCCGAGGCCGCCCCACCCGACGUCUACUGA